AUGUAUUCCUAAUUAAAAAAAAAAAAGUGUCCAGAUGCUCAUCCUUCUAUUCCAAAAGGUUAAUUUUCAAAUGAUCAAAAGUUUUAUUAAGAAUUAACAUAAUAAUUAUGGGAAUCACAUCCUACAGAUGAAAAUUUAGAAAUAUCUGUUGAUGUACCUUAAAUGUAAACAAAAAGAGCAUAACCAUAUUUAACAGAAGAAAAUAAUUUGAUUUAAGAGAAUCGUAAACUUAAAGAAACAAUUAUUUAAAUGAAAUUAGAAAUGUAUUUACAACAUAUUUAAUUAGGAAGUCUAAAUUAGAGGCUGAUUUAUUGAAAUAAAAAAAUGAAUUCUAAUCUAUUUUAUAAGAGUAUGUAACUUUUAUAGAUAAGAUUUUAUAAGAUAAAAAAGAUUUAUAGUUAUAAUUAGCACAAUAUUAAAAAUAAGAACCUUAAGAAAAUUAAAAUGAAUUAAUUGAAUAACUUCAUUUUUUGUAAGAUGAAAAUUGUAAAUCUCUUUAAUAGUCAGAAGAAUUCAGCAAUAAAUUAGUUUAGAUAGAGACUUUAUUAAUGAAUUUAGAAGAAGAAAAGAAAAUUGCUUAUGAAAAGAUUGAAUAACUAAAAUUCUAAAAUCAAUAAUUAAAAUAGUAUUAUGAAGAGAAACUCUAAAAUUUGAAAUAAUAACAUUACACAGAUAUUACUAAAUUUGAAUCUAUAGUAUAAGAAGCAUUAGAUAAAAAGGACAUUAAAAUAUAGAAAUUAAAAGAACAAUUAAGUUAAUAUAUAGAUCAAUUUUGA